CAGCCUCCUCCUUCUUCCCCCGUACAACCCAACCUACCCUACGCCAUAACGCCAUAUCGCAUGCAUGGUUUUAAAUACGUUCGGAAUUACUCUGUAUAGACAACCAAUUCCAGGGGGCAGCAAAUACCACGGAAGGCCGACCCGCCGCGUUAUCCACUCAUACUGCCUGCCCAUUACACGCAUUCCACCUCCGCUCUCCUGCCGAUCAAAUUCCUGGCAGCGCAAUGAUGACCGCUGCUCCAUCGACCUGAAAUAAACUCAAUUCACCCUGUAAAUACACGCAAGCCGUCCGAAACCCCAAACGAACCACCUCAAACCGCCAUCCCUUCGUCAAACACCAUGCUCUUUUGCGGUGGAGUCCAAGGUCCGCGCCGUCGCAGUCGCGAAAAGGCCAUCUUUAUGACAAUUUUUAUCAUAUACGCUCUAUACUUCCUAUUCUGGGCAAAGAAGUCGAGUCACCCCAAAUUCACGUCCUCUGCUCAAAAUUCGGCGUUCAAUGAGGGCUUACAGCUAAAUCCACAUCCGUCGCAGGCGACCCCGUCGCCGAUGCCGAAGUCGCAGACUCUCGAGAAGGACCUGGUUGUCGCUAGUAUGAAGGAGGAUGACGUUUCAUGGCUAUACGAGCACUUCCCCGGCUGGCACAAGAGUAUCUAUGUGGUGGACAACAAACAGGCGGAGUUGACGGUGAAACUGAACAAGGGCAGGGAGUCGAUGGUUUACUUGACUUAUAUUAUUGAUAACUACGAUAACCUCCCAGAUGCAAUGCUCUUCAUCCACUCGCAAAGAUUUCAGUGGCACAAUGACGACCCCUACUAUGACGGUGUUCCCAUGCUCCGCAAUUUCCAGCUCCCUUACCUCCGGAAACAAGGAUACGUCAAUCUACGCUGCGCCUGGGUUCUCGGAUGCCCGGUAGAGAUCCAUCCGCUUACUGAUACCCAUCGUGACGAUGUGCAUGCGGGCGAAUAUUUCAAGACAGGGUUCAUGGAACUCUUCCCCGGUGUCGAGGUGCCCGAGGAAGUCGGGGUUUCAUGCUGUGCGCAGUUCGGUGUCACGCGGUCGAAGGUCCUUGAGCGGCCAAAGAGCGAUUACGAACGGUUCAGGAAGUGGCUGAGUGAGACGCCCCUGCAGGAUGACCUUAGUGGACGGAUCAUGGAGUAUUCAUGGCACAUGAUCUUUGGAAAGGGUCCCGUUUAUUGCCCCACUGCCGAAGAGUGCUACUGCAAAGUAUUCGGGCUGUGCAACCUAUCAUGUCCGGACAAGGGAGAGUGCGCUGGACGCUACGUACUCCCUCCGUAUUCUUCUCUCCCAGAGGGAUGGCCGUACAAGGGUUGGAAGGGCCAGGACCAGGAUCCGAGCAAGGGAUUGCCUGAAGCUUGAUUAUAGGCAAGUUGAUGCAACCACGCCCAAUACGACAGACGCACCUCCAGCCAUGAAGCCAUGACAUGUGCAGGUCCUACUGUGCCAGAGUC